AUGUCUCACUUGGUAUAUCUUCAUAAACAUAUACAUUUAUUUAUCUGCUCUAUAUGUGUAUUUCCUCCUAGGGACAAUCAAACAAGGCAAAUUCAAGAAACUGUUAGCAAUGUGGAGAAGCACUUUGGUGAGCUGUGCCAAAUCUAUGCUGGUUAUGUGCGGAAAACUGCCAGAUUGCGGGACAAGGCAGAUCUCCUAGUGAGAGAGGUUCACGCAUAUGCGGACACUGAAACACCAAACCUUAAACAUGGGUUGAAAUGCUUUGCUGAUGAACUAGCCAAACUUCAGGAUUAUCGGCAAGCAGAGGUUGAGAGACUUGAAGCCAAAGUGGUUGAACCAUUGAAAAGCUAUGGUUCCGUCAUUAAACUUAAAAGGGAGGACCUUAAAGUGACGUUAACUGCUCGGAAUAGAGAAGCAAAGCAAAUGGCUCAGUUGGAGAAAACUCGCCAGAGAAAUCCAUCAGAUCGGCAAAUUAUUUUUAAGGCUGAGACUGAGCUACAGAGGGCUACAAUGGAUGCUGCACGAAUAAGCCGCCAGCUUGAGGAAACGAUUGACAAUUUUGAAAAGCUGAAAAUUAAAGACAUAAAGAAAAUAUUUGGCGAAUUUGUUACUGUUGAAAUGGUGUUCCAUGCGAAAGCUCUGGAGGUACUGACUGCCGCCUUUCAUCAUAUUGAAGAUAUUGAUGAGGAGGAAGAUCUAGAGGUUUUCAGAAGUUCUCUGCACCCACCAGAUUUUCAGUCCCGACUUGAUGUUGUACGUGCCAACUCAAGAGCGGGAUCCAUGAAACAAACGUCCUCUUCCUUAUCGGUGAGAUUUUAA